GUAGGCUCUCGUUCGGGCAAAGCAACUACCCCAGCAAUAAUAAUAGAUUAAUAGCUAGUUAGAUACUACGAUACAAUCGAAGCGAGCACCAUCUACCAAACUUCCCUCUCCUUCCGUCUCAUCUCCCCCGUUCAGCCUCUCAAGUUUGUCUUUCAGAUUUAGAUUUAAAGAGAUUAAGCGGAGCAAUGGCGAGGAAGAAGAUCAGAGAGUAUGAUUCCAAGAGACUUCUCAAGGAGCACUUGAAGAGACUUGCUGGGAUCCAGCUCGAGAUCUGCUCUGCUCAGGUAACGGAAUCCACAGAUUUCACCGAGUUAACAAACAAAGAACCAUGGCUUUCGUCUACAAGAUUGGUUGUCAAGCCCGACAUGUUGUUUGGGAAGCGUGGGAAGAGUGGCUUGGUUGCUCUGAAUUUGGAUCUGGCUCAAGUUGCAACCUUCGUGAAAGAACGUCUUGGUGUUGAGGUUGAGAUGGGUGGGUGCAAGGCACCUAUUACCACUUUCAUUGUUGAACCAUUUGUUCCCCAUCACCAAGAGUACUACCUUUCUAUUGUUUCUGAGAGGCUUGGUUCCACCAUUAGCUUCUCCGAGUGUGGGGGUAUUGAGAUUGAAGAAAAUUGGGACAAGGUUAAGACCAUAUUUCUCCCUACAGAGAAGCCUAUGACAUCAGAGGCAUGUGCUCCACUGAUUGCUACACUUCCUUUGGAGGUUCGAGACAAAAUUGGAGAGUUCAUAAAAGGUGUAUUUGCUGUCUUUCAGGAUCUGGACUUCAGUUUUUUAGAGAUGAAUCCAUUUACAUUGGUGAAUGGAGAGCCAUACCCAUUGGAUAUGAGGGGAGAAUUGGAUGACACAGCUGCCUUCAAGAAUUUUAAGAAGUGGGGCCACAUUGAGUUCCCACUGCCUUUUGGCAGAGUACUGAGUCCUACAGAAAGCUUUGUCCAUGCAUUGGAUGAAAAGACAAGCGCGUCCUUGAAGUUCACUGUUUUGAACCCUAAAGGACGAAUCUGGACAAUGGUAGCAGGUGGCGGUGCAAGUGUUAUAUAUGCUGAUACUGUUGGAGAUUUAGGUUAUGCUUCGGAGCUUGGAAACUAUGCUGAAUACAGUGGAGCUCCAAAUGAGGAGGAGGUGUUGCAGUAUGCCAGAGUUGUUAUUGAUUGUGCAACUGCAGACCCUGAUGGUCGUAAGAGAGCUCUUCUCAUUGGGGGUGGUAUAGCUAAUUUCACUGAUGUGGCUGCCACAUUUAAUGGCAUAAUUCGGGCCCUUCGGGAGAAGGAAUCUAAGCUGAAGGCAGCAAGAAUGCACAUUUAUGUUCGAAGAGGUGGUCCAAACUAUCAAACUGGUUUAGCAAAAAUGCGUGCCCUGGGAGAGGAGCUAGGUGUUCCCCUUGAGGUCUAUGGCCCUGAGGCUACAAUGACUGGAAUUUGCAAGCAAGCAAUUGAUUGCAUUAUGUCUGCGGCAUAAAAUCCUUAAAUUUUCUUUUUUCUCCUCUUCAAAGUUUUUACUUUCUUCUACUUCUUCUUGUGUUCUUAAUUUGAGUCCAAGAAAGUAAUUUAGCUUGAGGCAUUGCAUCUUAAAGAGGAUCCAUUGAAUUGCUGUAAAAUCAGGACAUUUAUUUUUUGGUCAUGAAACCAUUUACUGCAAUAAACCGACUAGAGUAUGGUUUUCUUUUCAUUAACUAAUGUAGUUAUAUCUCCCAAUUUGGUUUUGUC